UGGCCGGCCACGCUCCGCCCCGCUCUCCGCUCGUCCCGGGUGGGAGCCGGCCCGGCUCAGCCUGAUUUACGGCUCUGCUGAAAACCGCCCGCUCGGCUCCCGCAGCAUCAGCACCAGCGGCUGCAGCGGCAGCAACAAGUCGGGACUUUCAGAGUGAUGCAACAGAAGGCAUUUGAGGAAAGCAGAUAUCCCUGGCAGGAGUCCUUGGAGAAUGUCGCUGUGUGCCUGCCACUCCGCUGCCCGAGGUGUGGAGACCAUACCAGAUUUAGAAGCUUGUCGUCCUUGAGGGCCCAUCUGGAAUUCAGUCACAGCUAUGAGGAGAGAACCCUCCUGACAAAAUGCAGCCUCUUGCCACCUCUCAAAGACACAGAGCUGGUCAGUUCCUCAGAACUCCUGAAACGGGGAAAACUGAGGGGCCACGCGAAGGUGACCAAGCAGAAGCCCAGCUAUGUUAACUUGUACAGCAUCUCCCAUGAACUCGCCAAGGACCGGAAGCCAUUUGAGGUUGUGGCAGAGAGGCCGGUGUCUUAUGUGCAGACCUACACUGCCGUGGACAUUCGGGCAGACUCGCUGGAUGCUCCCCGGUCGAGCCCUGGACUCCCCACCUCGGACCCCAAAGCUGCUUUCGAGGCCCACGUCCGAGAAAAGUUCAACCGCAUGGUGGAGGCUGUGGACAGAACCAUUGAGAGGAGAAUUGAUAAACUCAGCAAAGAGUUGGCCCGGAAGACGGCUGAACUGUUGGAAGUUCGGGCAGCCUUUGUGCAGCUGACCCAGAAAAAGCAGGAGGUUCAGAGAAGGGAGCGAGCCCUCAACAGACAGGUGGAUGUGGCGGUGGAAAUGAUCGCCGCGCUGAAGCAGCGCCUGACCGAAUCGGAGGAGGAGCUUUUCAGGAAAGAGGAAGAAGUUGUUACGUUCAACCAUUUCCUGGAAGCAGCUGCUGAGAAGGAGGUUCAAGGGAAAGCAAGGCUCCAGGACUUUAUUGAGAAUCUACUGCAACGGGUAGAGUUGGCAGAAAAGCAGUUGGAGUAUUAUCAAAGCCAGCAGGCCUCUGGCUUCAGCCGUGAUGUCAGCGAGUACAUGCUUACAGAUAUCUCGUCAAAUAGGAAACCCAGAUACCUAAGCCGAGGGCACCCACAUUCUGUGUGUAACCACCCUGAGCUGAAGGCCCAUUUCCAUCUAAAGGGAAGGAACUACCUGAAGAAAGCCAGGGAUGAGAGAGCCGGUGUGCCGCCCACCAGGAUCAUUCAUGAACAGGCCGAGUUUUCAAGAGAACUCUGCAGACCAGCCAAGAAAGGGGAGCUCGUCAGUUUCAGCCGCAAAGGCAACCUCAGGCCCAAAAUGGCCAAAAAGAAGCCUACAGCAAUUGUGAACAUCAUCUAGAGGGUGGGUGGAGCUGGGGCAUCACCACUGGGCUUUGAGGAGUAUUGUACUGGGGAUCACAGCGUUGUCCUUUUGGACUGGUCCCCCUUAGGAAGACUCUAGAAAAGCAGAGAAUGUAACAUGUAUGCACACUUCGAUUAACCAGAACUUGACAGAGGAGAUUCCCAGUGAGCCAGUUUAAUGUCCCCCUCCUUUAGGUCCAAGAGAGGCGAAUUAUAGCAAAAAAAAAAAAAAAAGUAAUUCAGGCAGUCAUGCUACAGUUCUGUUAAACAGGAAUCUCCGACUUCUAAAGUAAUUCGCCCAGUCUCCAGCAUCCUGGCACAUGGGCUUCUGUGCCGUGGCCAUUAAGCAUUAGGCCACACAAGAUGCCAAGCUCUGGGAGAGACCUCCAGCAUCCACUGCUCUAUGAAUUAUGAGGCAUGGAAUGCAACUGUACAGUUCUGAUUUUUCGUUGGUGUUUUGAGACAGGGUCUUGCUAUGUUGCAUAGCACCUGCUGGCCUGGAACUCACUGUGUAGACCAGGUUGGCUUUGAACUUGCAGUGAUCCUCCUGCCUCUGCCUCCCAAGUGCUGGGAUUAUAGGUGUGCGCUGUGACACCCAGCUGGGAGUGUGAAGUUCUGUUGAUAGCAGUGAAGUCUUUUUUGUGUUUAACCUUUGGUACAUUUGAAAGUCUGCAAAAUAGAGGUUCCUGUUACCCCUGAGCAUCUGGUUAAUUGACUUGAUCUUUGGAUGGCUUAAGGGACUUAUUCAGUCAGACUCAGCUGUCAUCUUGCCAGAUUGCUUUUUGGUUUGUUUGGUUUAGACUCUGGGUCCUUGAGUGCAUGUUUACUCAGAUUCGGGUGCACCCAAGC